AAAAGCUUGAACUUGGCAUUAGGAUUGUUCUCUAUUAGAUUUUGGUUAUCUUCAAACGUAUUACUGAUUCCGAGAACUUGUUCAAAUGAUAUUGUUGAUUCUACGGUCCGCUCUUGUCGGGUUAAUAUUGCAAUAUCCGCAAAUUACUAUAAGUCAAAAACUGAACACAUCUCGAGUAACGCCUUUAGCCAGCUUACAUACGGAUGAUCAGGAGACAUGCUGUGGUCAGUGCGCGCUGCAGUUGAUGGAUGAUUUGAUAAGAAGCAUUGGAAAAAGUAAAACGUCAAAUUUAAUCAACCUUAAUUACAAUAAUUUCCUAUUUGCAAUGUCCAAUGCUACCCUUCUCCAGCAUUUCUGCAAGGAAUUUCAUCAAUUUGAAUAUUGCUGUUCGAUGUGUAUUCCCAGUUAUUCACGAGAAAUUUUAAUGGGAUACUCCCAAAUUAUCAAUCAUAUAUGUGUUCAAAAUUUCAAAGAUAUCAAGGAAAAUUUUGGAUGCUUGGCUGGAUUGGAUUCAGAAAUAAGGCCACUUUGUAUGCGUACUUGCACGCCGCAUCAGGAAGCGUUUCAUUCUAUAGCUCGGAAUUUCCAGCAUUUUAUUCUCAAUAGUGAUGUAACCAUCCUCGAAAAUUACCUAAAUGAGUCAUGCGAACAUGUCCUUUGUUCCUUGCACUGCGAUGUUCCAUUAAUUACGCACAAUUGCGGUUAUAAAGUAGUUGAAAAAGUAAUUGCAUUAACGAGGCGAUCCUUCAAAUCCAUGAAGAAAAUGUCGCUUGACACGGCAGUUGUUAACAGGUGGCCCCAGGCGUGUGCCGAAAUAAUUACUUAUAGGAUACCUGGACAAAAUUCAACAGUCAUGCAGCAAACUAAUUUGGGUAUCACAAUUCAGCCUCAACAGAUGAAGCAAAUUAAAACGAAUGGUCAACGAAGUCAAAAAUUGAUUAAAUUGAUGUCAUCAUUAUUAUUAUUAUUAUUAAUUUAUUUUACAUUGGAAUGAAAUCGUCAUAAAUCUAA